CAAAACAAGUCCUGACAAAUGUCAACAACGGAACAAACUGUCAGCAGUGAUCGCUACGGGAAAAUUUAAUUAGGUGCAACGAAUUUGAUCGCGAAAAACAAAAAGGGAAUUAGAAUAUUUCUGUAGUACUAUUUAUAAGAUUGAAGUGAAAUACUCAUAAUCGAUUUAGCUGUCGUAAGAUUGUUGUUACUACCUACACACUGGAUGCCACUUGGCAUACAUUUCAGGAUUAUUAACAGCGUUUCAGCAUUUAUUUUAGGAUAAUCAACAGGGUUUUAGCAUCUUAUUCGAUAUAAUCAAUUGGGCUUCAAAACAUAACCUUUACAUUUGAUGUCAUUUUUUUGUCUUUACAACAAACCUAUAUAAAAAUGUAAGUGUCAAAAAGGCAGCCACUGCAGGUAUCUUCCAAACAUUUACUUAAAUUUGAAGCAUCACUUCCCAUCAUAUAGAUAUUGUUGUCUUGAAUAGAUUCUCAUCACUGGGACUCAUGUUAUGUAAGCAAAUAUCACGGAGGCCAGCAACUGACAUGCUGCGCAGAGAAAUACGUAUGAGACGCUAUCGACAGUGGCUCUUGCUUAGUACUGAGCUUCAAGACCCAGGGGAUCCUCUCUCCAAGUAUACUAAUGAAGAAUUUGAGGACAUAUAUAGAUUCUCCAAAGAGUCCUUUUGUCAUUUGCUAAACAUGAUUCAAGGAGAUCUUGAACGUUCAGACAACCGUGGUAGGCCACUGCCGGCAGUUUAUCAACUUCUAAUUGCUCUUCACUUCUACUGCAGUGGCUCUUAUCAGAAAGUUGUUGGGGAUCAACAUGGUCUACAGGUCAGUCAGCCAACAGUAUGCAGGACCAUCCAUAGAGUUUCAGAAGCCCUGGCUAAACGCUACAGUCAGUUUGUGAGAUUUCCAUCUCUUCACGAAGCUGCUGAUAUACAUUCCAAAUUUUAUGAAGUUGGACAGUUUCCUAACGUUAUUGGGGCCAUCGACUGCGUUCACAUGCGAAUUUCAAAUCCAGGAGGAGCAAUGGCAGAGCAGUGCAAAAAUAGCAAAGGCUGGUACUCGGUUAAUUGCCAGGUUGUAGCCGGUCCAGACCUUAGAAUUCUGAGAGCAAUUGUUCGCUGGGGAGGAAGUGUUCCUGAUUGGCAGAUAUACGAGAACUCUCGGUUGAAAGAAGUCAUGGAACAAGGGGAGUAUGGACAUUUGGUUGGGGAUUCAGCUUAUCAGUGUCAGCGAUACCUCCUAACGCCUGUGGUCAACCCAACAACACAUGCAGAAAAGUGUUACAAUAGGGCACACUCUGCCACUAGAAGGAAGGUGAAGCGUGUCAUUGGCAUUGUGAAAAGGCGCUUCCCUUGCACAAGCCAGGAGCUCAGGUCAAAUCCCAAAACAUCAUGUGCUAUCAUAUUAAGUUGUUUUGCGCUGCAUAAUUUUGCUCUGGAACGCCAGGGUCCUCCUGAUGACUCGGAGGCGUGGUAUGCUCCAGAUGAUGGUCCUCAGGAGAGAUACACGGGAGACUAUGACCCAGAGGGAGAAUCCUACCGGCAACACAUCAUUUAUGAAUGGUUCAGUCAUGAUCCUUCAGGAAUUAACUACCAGCAGGAUGAAGCCAAUUGUGGGAACCAAACUUGGCACUAAAGGUUGUAUAAAAAUAUAUAUAUAUUUUAAAAUAAUACUAGAUAGAAUCUCGUCUUUUCUCUCAGUAAAAUGAAAUUGAUAUGAUUUUUUAUUUUUAUUUGAAAUACGGUAGCUUCAGUGUAAAUGAAUACAGGACCUGUAAUAUGAAAAAAUAUGUGAUAUGAAGAUGAAAAGGAAGGCAACACCCGCCCUCGUACGAGACCG